ACGGACGAGUGACCUAGCCGGUUGUGUUGUAAUUACGGGGUCCCACGAAAAUGGCACUCAAACCAUCCUUUGUCCAGGGUUUAUGGCGGAGCAGUGUGAGGAAUUUUUCUUCAACAGCGGUCAAGUCUGCUCAGCCUCUCACUGUUCGAGAUGCCCUCAACAGUGCCCUCGACGAAGAAAUGGCCAGAGACGACAAGGUCUUCAUCCUAGGAGAAGAGGUUGCUCAAUAUGAUGGAGCUUACAAAGUGUCCCGAGGGCUGUGGCGCAAAUAUGGAGACAAGCGUGUAAUCGACACUCCCAUCACUGAGAUGGGUUUUGCUGGCAUAGCAGUGGGGGCGGCCAUGGGGGGGCUGAGGCCUGUAUGUGAGUUCAUGACUUUCAACUUCUCCAUGCAAGCCAUUGAUCAGGUUGUCAACUCAGCGGCUAAAAUGUUCUACAUGUCAGCUGGUCAGUGUCACGUCCCAAUUGUGUUUCGUGGAGCCGCUGCUGGUGUUGGUGCUCAGCAUUCGCAGUGCUUUGGGUCCUGGUAUUCUCAGUGCCCGGGUCUGAAGGUUGUCUCCCCAUUUUCUUCAGAAGACUGCCGAGGACUACUGAAGGCAUCCAUCAGGGACAGCGACCCGGUGGUGUUCCUGGAGAAUGAGCUGCUGUACGGCGUGCAAUUCCCAGUUUCUGAUGAAGCUCUCGACCCUAACUUUGUGCUGCCCAUUGGCAAGGCCAAAGUCGAAAGACAAGGGCAACACAUGACGCUGGUGGCGCACAGCAAGGCAGUGCAGCUGUGCCUGGACGCGGCCACGGAGCUGGCGGGCGUGGGGGUGGAGUGUGAAGUGAUCAACCUGCGCUCGCUGCGCCCCCUCGACACGGACGCCAUCACGCAGAGCGUCCAGAAGACCCAUCACCUCGUCACCGUCGAGCUCGGCUGGCCCCAGUGUGGCAUAGGCUCUGAGAUCUGCGCUAGGAUCAUGGAGACUCCGUCAUUCCACUAUCUGGAGGCGCCAGUGAUCCGCGUGACGGGCGUGGACCUGUCUCUUAUACACANUACUACGAUAUCUUCGCGUAGACUUGUGCAAGACUAG